CAUCACCGCCGACUCUGACUGCUCCAUCACCACCAGCGACUCUUACCGCUUCAUCACCACUAGCGACUCUUACCGCUACAUCACCACCAGCAAUUCUAACUGCUCCUUCAUCCCCCAAUGCCGACCCUACCACCUUCGCAACCAUUCCGAAUGUCACGAAUGAACGUCGUCGCACUGUCUCCGCUCUCGUCGGGGGGUCUUACUGUAACUUCUACCCCUGUUCAUAUCCACCCUAUAAUUCCCAAAGCGCAGCCUACGGUUACGACCACCGUACUCAUCAUAGUUCCCCAAAAAACGAUUACGACCCUUUUGGGCAAUUCAGAGGACACCACCCCAACUUUCCCUCAUACCCUCACUGCGGCAACACCACAAAUCACCCCACACCCACGAGAGACGCAUGUGCAUUACGUUACCCGCCGUCACCUCUCCGUCUCCGACCGCCGUCGCCAUUGGACCGCGACCCACAAGAACCCGCUUCGUUUGCAAACGAACAUUCGACGGGAAACCGUCGAACAUUUGGAGCGAUAAGGGUUGCUGGGAGUGGAGGAUCAUCUUUAUCGGUCUGUGUAUGGCGGCGAUCAUACCGGGGGUUUUGGUGGGUGCUUACGGCGCGGAGUUGGACUUUUGGUAGGCGGUGUUGGCGAGG